AUGGCAUUUUCAGACAAUCUGGAAAAACUCAUGGAACGUUUUUGGACCUGCGAGGAAGUGGGAUUUUCCAACAACUACUCUCCAGAGGAAGCACGCUGCGAGGAGCAGUAUGCACGCACAGUUCAAAGGGAAGCAGGCGGUCGUUACAUUGUGACACUUCCCAAGGAUGAGGAUAUUCUAUCACAACUCGGGGAAUCUAAGGACAUUGCGUUUAGACGUCUGCAAGGACUGGAACGCAGGCUCUCAAGGGACGAGAACCUAUCGAAACAGUACAAGGCCUGCAUGACGGAAUAUUUGAAACUAGGUCACAUGCGGAAGGUGGAGGAUGAUGCUCUGAACGGGAGUAAGCGGUGCUACUUACCACAUCAUCCAGUUGUGAAGGAGGCCAGCACAACUACAAAGGUGAGGGUUGUCUUCGACGCCUCGUGCAAAACGUCGAGUGGGAUCUCCCUCAACAAUACACUACUGGUCGGGCCAGUCAUCCAGCAAGAUCUCCGUACAAUAGUUCUCCGCAGUCGUACCCGUCAGGUGAUGCUGGUAGCGGAUGCGGAAAAAAUGUAUCAGCAGAUUAAUAUGAACCCAACGGAUAUUCCACUGCAAAGUACUUUAUGGCGGUUCGAGACAGACGAAGAAGUUGAAACGUAUGAGCUUACGACGGUGACGUAUGGAACGAAACCGGCACCCUUUUUGGCAACUCGUACGAUCAAGCAACUAGCUGUAGACGAGCGGGAAAGGUACCCCCUUGCAGUACAGGCUGUAGAUGAGGAUAUCUACAUGGAUGAUGUUAUCUCAGAUGCCUCGGAGAAGGCGUACGGUACCUGUUUGUACAUUCGAAGUGUGGACGAGCAAGGCAAGUUGUCGGUUCAACUAUUCACGGCCAAAUCUAAGGUGGCUCCCUUGAAGGUACAAUCGUUACCACGACUGGAGCUGUGUGGUGCUUUACUAGCAGCACAGCUAUUCGAAAAAGCAUCGGAAGCAAUCAAGGGUCCAUGUCACACAUUCUUCUGGACAGACUCAACAUGCGUACUGCGAUGGAUCAGUGCGACUCCGAACGCAUGGACCACAUUUGUGGCGAAUCGAGUCGCAAAAAUACAACGAAUCACGGAAAAUCAUACAUGGCGACACGUACCAGGUAUCAGCAACCCAGCGGAUCUAAUAUCGCGAGGGGUUCAACCAAAAAUAAUCCAGGAAUGCAGUUUGUGGUGGGAGGGCCCUAAUUGGCUUAAGGACGAGCAGACGGGAUGGCCACAUCAACAAGAUGUUCAUCUGGAGGAUGUUCCUGAAAAACGAUGUAGCACUGUAGUCAACAUAGGCACGGUAGAACCACCGUUCAGCGUUUCGUUCAUCUCUAAAUUCUCUUCGUACACCAAGAUGCUCCGGAAUCGGAAGGCCAUGGGUUCUUAA